AUGGCAAUACUUGACAGAUUGCCUACAAAAGAUAGACUUGCUCGGUUUGGUAUAGUGACUGACAAUGUUUGUGGUUUAUGUGGUACUGGGAUGGAAUCUCGUAACCACCUCUUCUUGGAAUGCUCCUAUUCGAGGGAAGUAUGGGGUGCUGUUAUGCACUCUUGUGGGAUGCAACAGCAUGAGCAGAAUUGUUGGGAUGACACUCUUCGUUGGAUGAUCUUGAAUUUGAAGGGUAAGUCUCUCUUAGUUCAUGUUCUUAAAUUAGCUUGGACUGGUUUUGUUUACUUCAUAUGGGAAGAACGUAAUCAUAGGUUUUUUAAAGGAUUGAUUCGUUCGGCUGAUACAAUUGUAAAUGUUAUAAAGGAGGCUGUUAGAAUUAAGUUGUAUAGAUGUCGCAUGAAUAGGCUGGAUGAUGUAAAUAGACAGUUGUGCAUAGAUUGGGGGUUAAUCUAG